CUCCAACCUGUUCAAAUUCAGUGUUGCAAACUCUGAAGGCUUGAUUGCUUUAUUGAACAGUACAACACCAACCUCACAAGAACAGCUUCACUCUCCAAUCAUUCCGACUGUAAGUCAGCAACCGUCCACGAGAGAGAAUGUGGCGACAAAACAGCCGGCGCCUCACCACGUGCACUGCGGCCGCCAACUCCACACGCGUCUUGACGGACAAUAAGUGGGACGCGCUUGUUAUCGGCGGUGGUCAUAAUGGCCUUACGGCCGCCGCCUACCUCGCCCGUUCUGGUCUAUCAGUUGCUGUCCUUGAACGCCGCCACGUAAUCGGUGGCGCCGCCGUCACUGAGGAACUCAUCCCUGGCUUCAAGUUUUCCCGAUGUAGCUACCUCCAGAGCCUUCUUCGCCCCGCCGUUAUUCAGGAACUGGAGUUAGCGAGGCAUGGAUUGAAGUUGUUGAAAAGGAGUCCGUCCUCGUUCACCCCAUCUCGCGAUGGACGUUACCUUCUGCUUGGUCCUGAUAAGGAGCUUAACUAUUCUGAGAUUUCUAAGUUCUCGAAACGCGAUGCCGAGGCUUUCCCAAAAUUUUUUUUGCCAAGGUGGCCUAGCUCCAGCUGUGAACUUGAUGCUUCAAGACUUUGGUGUCCUAUUUCAGACCCUUGCAAUGGGUAUGAGACUCUUUUAGAGGACUUCUGUAAAUUCAUUGAUCCAAUUUUGGAUUCAUCCCCUCCAGAAAAAUUGCAGCAAAUUUCAUCUCUUAAUGUUCGUAUGAAGGAUAACCUGCAAAAGUCCAUUUUUUGGGCUCAUUUUCUGCAACGAGCGGUUGCCAUGGGGCAGAAGGAGCUUCUGGAUUUUAUGGACCUGUUACUGUCCCCUGCAUCAAAGGUUUUAAACAAUUGGUUUGAGAGUGAUAUCCUGAAGGCAACACUUGCAACAGAUGCAGUUAUAGGAAGCAAGGGAAGUGUCAGUACACCUGGUAGUGGAUAUGUUUUGCUGCAUCACGUGAUGGGAGAAACUGACGGUGAUCGUGGAAUUUGGUCGUACGUUGAAGGUGGGAUGGGUUCUGUGUCCUUGGCCAUUUCUAGGGCUGCUAGAGAGGCUGGUGCUACCAUAAUGACAGAAGCUGAAGUAUCAAAAUUGAUGAUUGAUGGUUCAGGCCGAGUGUCUGGGGUGUUGCUGGCUGAUGGUACACAAGUGCGCUCUUCUGUUGUUUUGUCAAAUGCAACCCCAUACAGAACAUUCAUGGAAUUUGUACCACAUAAUGUACUUCCAGAUGAUUUUCUUGGUGCUGUCAAGAACUCUGAUUAUAGCUCUGCAACGACGAAAAUCAAUUUGGCUGUUGACAGACUUCCUCAGUUUCAUUGCUGCAAGUUGAAUAGUCCUGAUGCCGGCCCUCAGCAUAUGGGCACUAUACACAUUGGUUCCGAGAGUAUGGAGGAGAUUGACGCUGCUUGUCAGGAUUCGGCAAAUGGAAUACCAUCUCGUAGACCUGUAAUUGAGAUGACAAUUCCUUCUGUGUUAGACAAGACUAUUUCUCCAUCUGGUAAGCAUGUCAUCAACCUAUUUAUUCAAUACACACCUUAUAAACCCAGUGAAGGCAGCUGGGAAGAUUCUGAAUACAGAAAAUCAUUUGCUCAAAGAUGUUUCGACCUAAUCGAGGAAUAUGCCCCUGGCUUUAAUUCGUCAGUCAUUGGCUACGACAUGUUGACUCCACCCGACCUUGAAAGAGAAAUUGGUUUGACAGGAGGAAAUAUCUUUCACGGUGCUAUGGGAUUAGAUUCCUUGUUUCUCAUGCGGCCUGUGAAAGGAUGGUCAAACUAUAGGACUCCAUUACAAGGUUUAUAUCUGUGUGGAAGCGGUGCUCAUCCAGGGGGUGGUGUAAUGGGUGCUCCAGGUCGCAACGCUGCAAAUGUGGUCAUUCAAGAUAUGAAGACGCAAUUGUAACUCAGGAGCAUCUACUGAAGUAUCUGAAUUUUCCUAGUCGUUUGCCCCAUAGAAGCAUCAAGGAAAGUGCCUUGAUAGCUUCGGCCACAUCUGAGACCAGGCUGCUGCAAAUGUUAGAUCCUUAUUGCAGUUGUUGUACUCGAGUGUGGCAGCCCAUGUCUUCUUCAACUGGUUUGCACAUCUCAAAUCUCCCUUGUUUCCUAAGGUUCAUAAUGCAGCAGAAGCUAAUGAUUUUCCUUUUUCUCCCUUUUCUACAAUAGGUUAAUGAUGUAACCAAGUCUAUAUUCUUGCUUGCAACGGUAUAGUACUAGCAUCCAGUAUGAACGAAGUGAAACUUAUUAUUUACUGAUGAUAUGCCUUGAUCAUGGAGAAUGCUUUUAUUGCC